AGGUCACAAUUGCGAGAGGGAAAACUGAACGGCGAUACAAAGGAGAACCGCUCACUCAAUCUCCGAUCUCGCCUCUUUCUCUUGAUUCAUUCAUUCAGUCAUCUUCAAUAAUCUCUUCAGCAAUGAGUGACAGCAAAAAGGACACCAUGGAUAUGUCCGAUCUUACUUCUACCCUUCCCGCGGCCGCCGCCGCUCUUAGUGCGGAGGACCGAGCAGGCCUCGUCAAUGCUUUAAAGAACAAGCUUCAAGAUUUGGCCGGUCAGCAUUCAGACUUUCUUGAGAGUUUGACCCCUAAUGUUCGGAAGCGUGUGGAGUUCCUCAGAGAGCUUCAGACUCAACACGAUGAACUGGAGGCUAAGUUUUUUCAGGAAAGGGCCAUAUUGGAAGCUAAGUAUCAGAAGCUUUAUCAACCACUUUACUCAAAGAGGUAUGAUAUUGUGAAUGCUGUCACCGAAGUUACCGGUGCUGAUAGUGAGACACCACAGAAUCAAGAAGGAGAUAAAGAAACCGAAGAGAAAGGUGUGCCAAAUUUUUGGCUCAUUGCAAUGAAGACAAAUGAAGUGUUGUCUGAAGAGAUAUCAGAACGUGAUGAGGAGGCUCUCAAGUAUAUUAAAGACAUUAAAUGGCUUAAGCUUGAUGAUCCCAAGGGUUUCAAGCUAGAGUUUUUCUUUGAUACUAAUCCUUUCUUCAAGAAUUCUGUUCUGACCAAAACUUAUCACAUGAUUGAUGAUGAUGAGCCAAUCUUGGAAAAGGCUAUUGGGACGGAAAUUGAAUGGCUUCCAGGAAAAUGCUUGACCCAGAAAAUCCUUAAGAAGAAGCCAAAGAAAGGGUCAAAGAAUGCAAAACCAAUCACAAAGACAGAAACUUGUCAGAGUUUCUUUAACUUCUUCAAUCCUCCACAAGUUCCUGAUGAUGACGAGGAUAUUGAUGAAGAUGUGGCUGAGGAACUUCAGAACCAAAUGGAGCAAGACUACGAUAUUGGUUCAACCAUUCGAGACAAGAUUAUUCCUCAUGCAGUAUCAUGGUUUACCGGCGAGGCUGUGCAGGUAGAUGAGUUUGAUGACUUAGAUGAUGAAGAUGGUGAGGAAGAAGAUGACGAUGAAGAUGAUGAAGAAGAUGAGGACGAUGAUGAAGAAGAUGAGGACGAUGAAGAAGAGGAGACGAAGGGAGCGAAGAAAAAGACUUUGGCGCCACCUAAGAAGCGUAGCAGUGUACCAGCUGGUGGGGAAGGUGAGCGACCUCCAGAAUGCAAGCAGCAAUAGAGGAGGCAAGAGAGAAGAACAUGAGCAAGCAAAAUUUUGGGUUGAUUUGAUUAAACUUUUGUGUUUUUCUUCUUCUAUUACUUAUCUUUUUAAUUAAUAUUCUGAGUUGUGGUUGAUGAUCUCUUCAUACCUCUUUACCCACUCACUCCUAUAUAACAACCAGAGGUGGGGGAGGGGGAGGGAGAGGAGUCUUGAGAUAUUUGGUGGGUUCUUUUUUUUUGUUUUGUUAAGAGUCUAAGUCGGUUUGCUACUGUUACUGCAUUCCAUACUGUUAUUUAUUACUUAUGCUUUGAAUUGAAUAUUGCCUGGUACAUUUUUAUACUAGAAGUUCGGUUGUUGAUUUUUGAUAA